AGUAUUUGCUCUGGUUGGCUUCGAACCACUGUGCUCCUGAUCUCUGCCUCCAUAGUAGCUAGGAUUACAGGUGUGAGCCGGCAGUGCUGGGCUUAGUCUUGGUGUCCUACAACUGAGAGUAUGGCAGUGAAGGGUGUUACAUAGUAUUUGUGGAAUGAAAAGUUAAUUUUGAAAAAUCUUCAGGAAUUGUUAGAAGCACAAUUUUAGAUGCCAGUAGUUUAGCUAAAUAUUCGAUGGCACAUUGAAUCUAGGGUUUGUGGUAAAUAGUUUGUCCCAAACCUAAAUCCUUUACAGCAAUUGAGACAUUUAUAAGUACAGGAUAUUAAGGAAUGUUAACGAAGUCAAUUCUCAUCUUCAGUUAUUUGUUCUAACUUCCCAGAUUUUUCUCCUUUAAGCAUAUAUUUAUAAUUAGAAAACUUGAGUAGCAAUAAAUAUCAAUCAACAAUUUUAAAGAACAGUCUCACACAGGAGACUUCAGCCUAGCUGAAGUACUAGCUGAAUUUUAGAUCUAAUAACAUUGAGCAGAGACUGAACUGCCUUGAUGAAGUUGUUAAAUGAGUACCAAAGCACAGUGAGUGAAGCAGUCUAGUUAGGAAUUGUAGCUCUACUGCCUCCUAGCUGAGGGACAUUAGCAAGGUUAAUGUUUCUUGGAUCUAAGUUGUCCAUAAAAGGGGAAUCUAUGUGACUGGUUUAUUAGGACUAUUAAAAUGAAUGCUUGAAAAUUACAUAGACACACUUGUCAGUUACUAUCUAUUACAACAUUCAUUUUUAAUACAAAAAUGAAUGUAUAGUACUGGAUCUGUAUGUUUGGAGAAAAACAGUUACUCUUAGGCAUGGUUUCAUCUCUAAAAAGAGCAAGAUUAUGUCCAUUUACUGGUAAUUUUUCCAAUAAAGUUUUCUUUUUUGUGAUGAGUUUUUUCAAAAUAGGGUCUGUGGAACUAUCGCCCAGGGUUGGCUUAGAACUGUGAUCCUCCUCAUCUUUGCCUUCUAAGUAGCUAGGAUACAGGCUUGAAGCUACCGGAUUGCGGCCAGGAAAUCCUUUGUCAGCAGUGUAGUGUCAUAAAGGGUAAGGUCCCUCACUUUAAAAAUCGCUAAGAACUUUUUCUAGCGCGUAGUCCACCCAUUGACGAAAUCGCGCGAGAACGCACUCCCUGAUGCCGGUUUAGGACCUAGGUCAACAUGCAACUUGGUAAGAGCCCCAUCACAGCAGGGAGAGGAUCUUAACCAAUCUUAUUGAAUUAACAGAAAUGAGUAAAAUUUUAAAAAAAUAUACUUUUUUGUGGUAUACGUUUAAACUUAGGUCAUCACGCUUGUUAUGCAGGUGCUCUACCAUGUGAACUCCUCCACCAGCCCUAAAAAUGAAAAUUUUAAAUGGACAUCACUUUCGCCUGAUUUGCCAGGUCAGGUAAGAUUCCCAGGUUCCGGGAAUCUCUUUUACCAACCCCACAGCUAUUCCUACAGGAAAUAGCUUCUCCCCUAGCUAGGGCGCAUGUGCAAGUGCAUCUCCUGCCCACCAGAGACCUGUAAGGGGCUGUUCUUAGUGUUGCCUGUACAAAUAUCUAAAAUAUUUAUGUCGAAUUAAUCUUGAAACUUUGUAUCAUGUUUCCUAGUAAGACUUCUUGCAAGCAGUGUACAAAGGCAUGUAGAGAGACUUCAGGGAGUGAGGCGGCAACUUCAGCUUUCAUUCGUUUUUGCCGGCCUGAGUCAUAGUUGACCUUCCCGUCACCUUUUCCUUCCCCCGCCUAUGGGGGCCUGCGCUCAGUCAGGCGGCGGCCGGAGCAAUUUCCUUUCCGGCAAGAUGGCGGCGGGCGAGAGUGGAGUGACUUUGGGGCAGCCUCACCUUUCUCGGCAGGAUCUCCCUUCCUUGGAUGUUACCAAGUUGACCCCACUUUCACACUAAGUUAUCAGCAGACAAGCCACAAUCAAUAUAGGUACAAUUGGUCAUGUUGCUCAUGGGAAAUCCACAGUUGUAAAAGCUAUUUCUGGUGUUCACACUGUUAGAUUCAAAAAUGAGCUAGAAAGAAAUAUUACCAUUAAGCUUGGAUAUGCUAACGCCAAGAUUUAUAAACUUGAUGACUCAAAUUGUCCUCGGCCAGAAUGUUAUAAGUCUUGUGGAAGUAGUACACCUGAUGAGUUUCCUACGGAUAUCCCAGGGACCAAAGGGAACUUCAGACUAGUCAGACAUGUUUCCUUUGUGGACUGUCCUGGCCAUGAUAUUUUGAUGGCUACUAUGCUGAAUGGUGCAGCAGUUAUGGACGCUGCUCUUCUUUUGAUAGCUGGUAAUGAAUCUUGUCCUCAGCCUCAGACUUCUGAACACCUGGCUGCCAUAGAAAUUAUGAAGCUAAAACACAUUUUGAUUCUGCAGAAUAAAAUUGAUUUGGUAAAAGAAAGUCAGGCAAAAGAACAGUAUGAGCAAAUCCUUGCAUUUGUACAAGGUACAGUAGCUGAGGGAGCUCCUAUUAUUCCAAUUUCUGCUCAGCUGAAAUAUAAUAUUGAAGUUGUCUGUGAGUAUAUAGUAAAGAAAAUUCCAGUACCUCCUAGAGACUUCACCUCAGAACCCCGGCUUAUUGUUAUUAGGUCUUUUGAUGUUAAUAAGCCUGGCUGUGAGGUUGAUGACCUUAAAGGGGGUGUUGCUGGAGGUAGUAUUUUAAAAGGAGUAUUGAAGGUUGGACAGGAGGUAGAAGUCAGACCUGGCAUUGUUUCCAAAGAUAGUGAAGGAAAACUGAUGUGUAAACCAAUUUUCUCCAAAAUUGUAUCACUUUUUGCAGAACACAAUGAUCUUCAGUAUGCUGCUCCAGGGGGUCUUAUUGGAGUUGGGACAAAAAUUGACCCAACAUUAUGCCGAGCUGACAGAAUGGUUGGACAAGCUGGUACAGUUGGAGCGUUACCUGAAAUAUUUACCGAAUUGGAAAUUUCCUUCUUCCUACUUAGACGGCUCCUAGGUGUACGUACAGAAGGAGACAAAAAAGCUGCAAAGGUACAAAAGUUGUCGAAGAAUGAAGUACUUAUGGUGAACAUUGGAUCCUUGUCUACAGGAGGCAGGGUUAGUGCAGUCAAGGCUGAUUUGGGUAAAAUAGUUCUCACUAACCCUGUGUGCACUGAAGUAGGAGAAAAAAUUGCCCUAAGCAGACGAGUUGAGAAACACUGGCGUUUAAUUGGUUGGGGCCAGAUAAGAAGAGGAGUCACCAUCAAGCCAACAGUAGAUGAUGAAUGAAGAAUCACAUUUAAUAAUACAUCUGGAUGAAGCCAGAAUUUCUCUUAGGAACACUAGGAAUAUAUUUUUAAAGCAAAACUAGAGAAUUUUACAGCUCAUUACAUUAGUAGAAGCUGUCAGUCAGAUCAUUCUCAUUUUUGUUAGGAAAAUUUAAUGUCUACUAUUUAAAUAGUAUGGCCUCUAGUAAAUACCAAGUUUGAUGUGUUGAUGGAUUUAAUCUUCAUUUUAGCAGACAUGAUUAUUGCUAAAAAUUUUCAUGAUUUACCAAAUAGCUUUGAAAUGAAAAUGGAUGUUAAAACCAGCUUUUGCUGUAUUGCACAUAUAACUGAACUUGCAUGAAAUAAAAUUUUUCUUCUUGUUUUUUCAUGCUUUGUUUUUGAACAUUGCCAGACUUGCAGGACUACUGUACCAGUAGAACUUGAGGCUCCAUUUUGCCUCAUAUUUUGUGGUGUUUUAUCUUUAAGAUGAAAAGCAUUACUUGGUUUAAAUAAUACUGUAUUUUGAGCAUGAGAGCUCAUUUACAUGAACAAACUUUUUGGGAACUUUGCUUAUUCUGUUCUUCGGAAGUUCAAUAUAAUUCUAUUACCCUUUUUCUGAGUGUCCUGCACUUGCAUCUCAUUGAUGAAUUCUAAAGUCCAACAGUCUUCCCUAUUGCAGACAUUUUUACACCGUAAGCUUCUAAAUAAGUAAGGAUGUUUUCAGGCCUUAUUUUACAUUUUAUCUUAAAAUGUAGUGCUAUUAUAUAAUUGAUAGAUUUUUUUUUAAUACUAAGAUUUUCUUGUAUCAAUUAAAGGUAUUUUUGUCUCUUCUUACAGUUAUUUGGAUUAUUAAGAGUUGAAACAAUAGACAUAGAAGGCAAAAAGCAAUAGUUACAGAAGUUAAAGCUAUAGAAGACUGAUAAAUAAGCAACAUUACAAUUAUAUUUAUUUUUUUUAGUCUGCAAAUAUUGCUUGAUUAUGGAUUCACAAUUGACUUAUUUGGUAAUACGACAUAGAUUUAAAGUAUUAGAUGAAUAUUUUGAAAUAUUGAUUACAUUAUGAAAAUAAUCUAUUAACAUUAACAGUGAAGGCUUUUGGGGGUCUUAGGGAUCACAUAUUUCUUUAAUGUUACCAAACAAUUAUGCAUGUAAUUUUAAUAGGAGUUCAUAAAUAUCCUAUUAAGGAUACAUAUAAUUAAUCGUUUCAUAAUGUAUUCAUACAGAAAAGAACACAUUUUAUAGUAUAAAUGCAGUUGUUCCUUUCUUUUUUACAAAAGAAUUCCAGCAAUCCUAUCUGUUCCUGAAAGCACUACUACUGUUAUUAAGUAUAUUGAGAAUUUACCUUAUUCUUGUCACUCUUGUCUUACUGAUGUAUAGUACUUUGUCCAAAAAACCCAAUGAACUAGGGAUCAUUAUUUUUGUUUUAUCUUGAUGAAACUUAGGCCCAAAUUGUAGGAAAUUUUUCCUACUCUUACAACUAGUAGGUAACAGAACUGGAGUUGAAGAGCUGCCUUACUUUCUCAGGACUUUGAGGGU